GUUGAUUGGCUGGAUCUCUUAUUCUGAAUGGUAGGUGGAAAUGUCACUCAAGUGUAGCGGGCCGUCCUCUAGGAAGUAGGAAAACGGCGCGUGCUUUACAAGAAUCGAAGAGGCAAGCUUUUCGGUGGAUUUGUUUGUAGCAUUCCAGUUGAUGUGCGAGAAACAAAAAAGCUCUCCUUGAUUUUACAGAAUAUGAAUGGUGUAGUUAUACCCCGGACCCCUAUAGCAGUGGAUUUUUGGCAGGUUCGGAAAUGCAGUCAAGUUCGCUUAUUUUUCCUGUCUCAUAUGCACUCGGACCACACAGUUGGCCUGACUUCUACUUGGAGCAACAGGCCAAUCUAUUGCUCUCUUUUGACUGCAAAGCUGCUUCAUCAGAAGUUGCAGGUAAAAGAGAAGUGGAUCUACCCUUUAGAAGAGGGCAGGGCUCAUAUGCUACCCCUUGAUGAAGUGGGCAAAGAAACUGUUACUGUGACUUUGAUUGAUGCCAAUCACUGCCCUGGAUCUGUCAUGUUUCUUUUUGAAGGAUACUUUGGCACCAUUCUAUUUACAGGUGAUUUCCGUUAUACUCCCACAAUGCUACAAGAGCCCUGCCUUAGCAGUUCUACUCAGAUUGAUGUGCUCUACUUGGACAACACCAACCUCAGUUCGUCUUGUGCCAUUCCAUCCCGCCAGGAAGCUACAAAACAGAUUAAAGAUAUAAUACGCAUGCACCCAGAACACGAUAUUAUUAUUGGACUUUACAAGCUUGGUAAGGAAUGCCUCCUUGUGGAGCUGGGAGUCGAGUUUCAGACUUGGGUGGUUGUUACUCGGGAACGCAUGGAAACUUUACGCAUUUUGGAUCUCCCUGAUGUGUUCACCACUGAACUGGGGGCUGGAAGGAUACGAGUGGUGGAACAGAAUGAGAUUACCCCACUGGCCUUAACCAGGUGGAAUAAACAACAUCCCACUGUGGCUAUUGUGCCCACCAGUCGCCCCCUAAAUAAAGCCCACAGCAGCCUUUAUGUGGUGCCUUACUCAGAUCACUCAUCUUCUGACGAAAUUAUGGAGUUUGUGUCCUAUAUGAAACCACUAUCCAUUAUUCCAAUUGUCCGGCCCCGGGAUUUCAGUUUGCCCUCAUCAUGGAAAGUAGGCGAAAUUAAGAAAAUGGAAGUUCCAGAAUCUGUUCAACUCUUUAUGAAAGAACCUCAUAAACUGAAAACCCCAGAAAAGCAAAAGUGUUUUUCUGGUAGGUCAAGGAUCCCAAAGGGUGUGGUGUUUGAUUCACCUGUUCGUAAUGCUGAACCUUCUAAACCUACAGACCUGGCUGAUUUAGAUAGCUCAGAACUUGAACAAAGCCCAAGUGUUAAUAAAAGUGGACAGGCUGAGAGAGACUAUUGUUUAAGUCCAAAUCUAUGUCUGAAGCAGAAAACACUUUGGGAUAUAUGGACAAGAAAGGAUCGUAAAACAGGAAAUUUAAUUUUGCAAAAUGAAAAGGUCAGAAGGAUUUCUGCGGGCUCAUCUGAAUUACUUACAAAAGACAAGUGUCCUGCAGAUCUUGUUGGGUUCGAGUCUGAACUACUCAACCCAAAUUCUGUAUUAACAGAAACUAUAAAUCGCGGCAGUUGUGGCGAGGAUGUGAGGGAUACUUUAUCUCAGCAACCACAGAUAUUGGAGAAGAGUGAAUGCAUUGACCCAGCAAAUCUAAGCCUUCAUGCCACACAUCAACAAAACAAUAAUGACAGCAUCCAUACUAAAGUGAUCGAUCAUUCCAUUGCAAAUUCAGUGCCUUCAGGAGUGUCAGGAGUUGAGCAGGAGGGCACCCCUUUUGUAAGGACUGCAUCUACUGGCUUUCCACCAUGUCUUCAAAAUAGUUCCACAGAUUUUGGAGGGCUGGUAAUAAGUGACUGGACAUCUUGCAACACACCGAUAAACUCCGGCAGAGAUCUGGCUGCAAAAUACUCUCUUGUACCACUAGAAAAUAUAAAGCAAAAGUUGUCAUUUGAUGAAGUUGUUCAGAGGUCACGGGGGUCUGUUGGAGCCAAUCCCAGCCAACACAGGGCACAAGGCAGGAACCAAUCCCGGGCAGGGUGCCAACUCACCGCAGAUUUUCAUUACAUUUCAGGUAAACUUUUUACAUUAACUAUAAUCUCCUUUCGUUUUGCUCAUAAACUUUUAUCCCUAGUAAAUAUAAGACAGUCUCAUGUUUUGAGAAGGAAGGAGAUACAUAUUUAUAAUUGCAAGAAUCACAGAAACAAGAUAUUAGAAAACAUAACACAAAUGUUUUAAUGGCAAAUUGUCUAGCCAUUUCUUUUUAUUAAACUAUUUUAUUUAACUUGACUCCUCUGUCUAUUUGUUUGUCUGGGUCAAAUCUUGCAACUGACUUUAAACACUACAGUCUGUGUGUCCAGUUCCUCAGAGCAAUUUGAUUGAUCAGUUUAGCUUUGGUGACGCAACGAAAAAGCAAGUGUAAGUGUGAGACGCACAAGGAGAGGAAUAAAGGCAUAGGAGACAUGCUGAGAGAGUUGCCAUCAAAGACAGUAAGUAUAAAACCAGGAGAGGAGCUGAGAAAAGUGCCCGAAAAUAAUGACAGAGCCUUAGAAGUAGACUUUACUGGAAUGCACCACACUCGAGAGAAUGAGCACCGAUGAAGAGACGUACACACACGCAAAUACAGAGGAAAGGUGCAUGGAGAAUAAGGGAUACGAAAUAUUUUUUAAUCACUGUUACCAGUCCUCAGCAGGUACCGGGACUAUCCAUCCAUCCAUCCAUUAUCCAACCUGCUAUAUCCUAACUACAGGGUCACA